UGCAAGAUGAUGUCGCUGAUAGAUCUGGACGAUGAUCAGCGAUGGGUGCCGACUCAUGUGAAUGUCACCGUCCUCCGCGCAAGGGGACUGCGAACCAAGGGCAAGCACGGCAGCCGCUACCUCUACACCAUCAUCCAGGUGGGCAAGGAGAAGUACACCACCGGGCUGGUGGAGAAGGCGGAGGUACCCGUGUGGAACGAGGAGUGCUGCUUCGAGCUGCUCCCGGGGAUCCUGGAGGACGGCGGCCGGAGCGCCUACCCCCCGGGGAGCGGAGACCUGGUGCUCACCGUCAUGCACCGGGUGCUCAUCGGACUGGACGUGUUUCUGGGCCAAACCAUCAUCCCCCUGGACAAGAUAUUUCAGGACGGAGUGUGUCCGAGAGACGAAUGGUUCAAGCUCAACUCUAAGGCGGGACGGAAGGAGAAGGAACGUGGUGAGCUUCAGGUAACGGUCCAGUUCACUCGCAACAACAUGACGGCCAGCAUGUUCGACCUCACCAUGAAGGACAAACCUCGCUCUGCGUUUGGGAAGCUCAAGGACCGCGUCACAGGGAGGAAGAGGGGCGACAUGGAGUCUUCCUCGGCCAUCGUUCCGGGCCGCUAUGCCGCCCUGUCAGGAUCUGUGGGGACGCCGUUUGGAGAGGACGGCGGCGGGAUGGUGGAGCCACAAACUGUGGAGGUGGUGGAGGAGAAGAGGAGCAAAGUGAAGGAUUUCUUCAAAGGAAGGCUGCGAAAGUCGUCUGACACCAGGUCGUGCUCGUCGCUGGCUUCAGAGAGCAGUGUGUCUUCCAUGGCCAGCGAUAACCUCGGCCCUCCUCCCAGCCUGGAUCUGCUGUCAGACCCUCCCAGCUCCCCCAUCUACACGAGCAAAGUGAGAGUGGACUCCCACUAUGGAGAGGCAGAUUUAGCUAAAAAAGUGCUCACCAGCCAGCACACCACAAAGGUUCUCACACACAAGCGAGCCUUCAGCGAUGAAGCUAGUAAGAUCACAACAGGCUUCCCACGAUCAAAUGUUGCCGUGGAGUCUCUCAAAGGUCAGACCAUGACUCAGUCGAAGUCCUCCUUGUGUAUAAAUGGAAGCCAUGUCUACGACUCCGAGCCAUCGACUCCAAAGAGCUCCGGAGCGCUCCCGUCUAAACUGGUUCUGCUGGAGAAAUGCUCCCCGCUCUCUCGCUCCCUGCAGAAUCUCACCAAAAGAAGUGAGGACAAAGGUUCCUUUGCAGAGGGCAGACGCUGGUCCUUUGACAAGAUGAAGAAAGAGGAAAAGGAGGAAGAAAAGGAAGCUCAGGCGUCGUCUCCCCCAAUUCAGCCGGCUCAGAUAGGAGGUCGCCCUGUGCAGGCAGCGACGCCAAUCGUUGCCUCUGCUGGUUCACCUGACAAAGGGAGGAAGCUCAGAAAGACGUUAUUCUCUGGAGGGAGGAGUGAUUCUCUCCCAGCUAAGUCAGACCUCAACCAGGCUGGUUCUACUUCUGAGGGGAGGCUCAGAGGUUGGUUUGGUUCUGGUGACUCCCAGAACAAGCCGAGACCUCAUCCAGUGAAGCCGUUAACCUCCAGCCAGUCAGAGAAGAAGGAGAGUCGCUCUGUUCUGGAGAAGCUCAAGUCUACCAUCCACCCUGGACGCACCACCCAUCAGGUCGCUGCUGAACCUGAGAGAAGUCAGGAGGUGACGGUGGACACCUCGGCUCAGUACCAGCACCUGACCAACAUGGAGCUGAUCUCUCUGCUACUGCAGCAGGAGAUGGACAUGCAGAAGCAGCAGGCGUCCUCUGAGCGUCAGGGGGCGCAGCUGGAGAAAUGUGAGGCCGAGCUGAAAAAGGUCAAAGCGCAGGUCCGAGACCUGGAGGACUAUAUUGAUAAUCUGCUGCUGCGGAUCAUGGAGCAGACGCCCACGCUGCUUCAAGUGCGCACUAGACACAAGUGACGACAGUGCUAGCGUGCGUUUGGUGUAUUGCACAGGAUGUGUGAGCCUCUAAAAUAUUGACUCCUUGAGAUUGCGUUCAAAACAUGGUGAAUACUUAUGGCUGGGAGUUACUAUUCUGGAGGCUGUUACAGUCAAACAAAUGCUCCACAAAAUCUCACAACCAUCCAGGUCUUCUCUCUGCUGAUACUGCCCUGUUGAUGUAGACACGAUAUUACCCAACAUGCAUGCUGGUUGCGAUCCCAAUUUGGCACAAACAAAAAACUGUACUAUGAGAAGAAGCUUCUAUCAAAGCAGUUGCAAAUGAUUGUUUUACCCACGCUUACUAGAAUAAGUUAAAGUAGUCAGCUGUCAUCUGUUUAAAGUCACUGCUUCACAUGUGCAUAAAGUAAAGUGCAGACUAGAGAAAACCUUUUUAGAGGUGCAUUCAAUGUGCUCUUCGGGGUCUAAAUAUGACAUUAGCUCAAGUAACCAUUACAAGUAAAUCUUGGAAUUUACAGCAAAAAAUGACAUUUUGAUACAAGAUUUUCUGACGGUUUUAUCUCAAACAGUUCCAUGAAACUUCACAAAGAUUAACUCGAGUUAAUGACAUAUUUUCAAGUAGAACUUAAGAAUACAGUUAAAAGAUAGCAACACAUAAAAUGCUGCUUUGCUAUGUGAACAAUAUAAAAAGAGAUGUUUCUGCAUUAACAUUGCUGUAUGAUGAGCAAAAAAGCAACAUUCAUGAUUUGCCAGAAGAGGAUGAAGACUUGCUUUGUUUUUUUGUUUUUUAAAAAUUUAAUAUUGUUUUACUGAAAUGCCUUUUCCCCCCAAAUUCCAAGCUAAAACAACGAAUGAAUGUUUUAAUAUAUUUUUAAGUUUUUGUUGUCCAUGUUUUUGUCAAAAUAGUAGCAUUUGACUGUAGGAAUAACAAAGUAACAAUGCAGUAAAUAAGAGUAUCGUAAGUUAUUUCUAUCAAAUCCUUUUGUCCUGAUAAUAUAUUCUCUAAUGCCACUCUAGUACCACUGUAGCUACUUGCAAUGCUUUACAUGACCGCAGUACUGUACUGUAAUAAAAUAAAAUGCACAUGAACCAGA